AAAAAAAAAACAUAAAUAAAAAUAAUUACCCUUAUCUGCAGUCACAAUCUUUAGUAAAGACAGAGGCUUAUUUACUGUAUGUAAUCCACACACUGCUCUUUGCUCCAUUUAAGUCUGAACCCAAAACAGUAAAGCUUAAUAUGAGUCAUUCUGUUGACCCAUUCACCGCCCAUUUGGAAAAACAGCUUAACCUAUAUGUAUUCGUAACUAUAGUGUUUUUAUGUUUUAAAACAUCCUUUUACACAUUUACAUUUUGUAUGACUGUUUUUGCUAUCAUGCAACACUUUAAAACUAGGUUAAGGAAAUACAAAAUAAGAGAUUGAGAACAGGCACACUUCAAAGCUUUGUCAACAGUCUUUUUAAGAUGCUUCCUGGUCCCCAUUGUUGUCUGAUAUACAAUAGAGGAUGCUGAGAGGCAAUGUUUGCUGCACUGCAUGUGUUCUUUCAAUUCCUUUCUAAAUAAUGAAACCGCAUCACUUCUGCCUACCAAACUUCGCCCUCCAUUGGUCAAACAAGACUUCUAACUGUGACUGGGGAGGUGUGGUUUCAACUGGCUUGACCAGAUUUCCCUGGAGUCUCUCUGUGUGUGUCCGUGUGUUUUGUUUUGUUUUUUCAUAGGCAUAACUGACACCAUUGGAGCAGAGGGAACACUCGCACUAGGACAUACUUGUGUCUCUGAGAGCCGAAAACGAUGAAAUCCAAGGACUUACUGAAUUAUCAGGUCCAGCUUAGAUCUUACUAAUCCAUGGCAGAGGAAAGGCUUGAGUAAAAUUCCUGGCAAUAUAAUGAAGCCACAUUCAGCACUCAAUGGAUUAAAGGCAAUAAGAGGUUAUGAAAAGGAAAGGAGCAUUUUACUCACAGACAACACUCAAAUCUAAAAUCAAGUUUUCACCUGAUCCACAUCAGGUGUACAUCAUAUUGUGCAGUCAUGAAGGACCGCAUGGAGGAGCUGCGUCAGCAGAUGAAGGCUAGCGAGAAGCUAGUGGACAGCAAACCCUUCAAUAAGGAAGAAGACGAGGACAUGGACCCGUCCUCACUGAUAGGCCUGCAGGCUGUGAUCUUCGAGGCAGAGCCUGUCCUGGAAAUCUUUCUAAAGGACGCUCAGGGCAUUCGUGACAGCAUCGAGGAGCUGAACUCUGAAGUCAGUAAGUUUAACGAGCAGCAGAAGAACUUCGUGGCCACCAUGAGGCGCCUCAGCAUCAUGAAAAAGGAAAGUAACAUGACUCGAGACAUCAAGCUUUUGGCUGAGAGUCUGCAUAAAAGGUUAGAUGCUCUUUCCAAGCAGGCUAAGCAAACCGAGGCCGAGCUGGGCCCAAACGCCACCACAUCCCGUAUCCAGAAGAUCCAGCACGCAGCUCUCUUCCUCCAAUUCCAUCAAGUAAUGCGUCAACACAAUGACGCAAUCUUAAGCAAGCAGGAAAAAUGCAAGCAGUUUAUCAUCCGACAGCUUGAGGUAUCAGGACGCGAAGUGUCUGAAGAGGAGGUGGACAACAUGAUAGAGCAAGGAAAGUGGGAGAUCUUCAACGAGAACAUCAUAGUAGAUGCUAAGAUCACUCGAACCCAGCUCUCGGAGAUCGAGCAACGCCAUAAAGAGCUUCUAAAUCUGGAAAGCAACAUGAAGGACCUGAGAGAUCUCUUUCUAGAUGUGUUCAUGCUGGUGGAAGAGCAAGGUCACCAGAUUCAGAACAUACAAGCCAAUGUGGAGAAGACGCAAGAUUAUGUGUCGGUCACGAAGGAGAAGUUCAAAAGAGCUGCGAGAUAUAAGAAGAACAACCC